CUGAAUCAGCCUCGGCAUGUCAAAUACUGGCUUCGAAAUCUCAAGACGCUUCUUCCAAGGCAUUACACCGGAAAUGAGUCCAAUCGCAUGUACCUAGGAUUUUUCAUCCUCAGUGCCCUGGAUCUCCUUUCAGCAUACGAGCCUAGCACAGACCCUCAGGAGCGUCAAGACCAUGUGAAUUGGAUCUAUCGCUGUCAGCAUCCGCAAGGUGGUUUUCGAAUGUGGCCAGGAACAAAUUUCGAGCAUCGAGCCAGCCCUGAAAAUGCGAAAUGGGACCCUGCCAACAUGCCGGCAACUUAUUUUGCUUUGGCGACUCUGCUCAUUCUUGGCGAUGACUUCCAGCGCGUGCGAAGAAAAGAAACUCUGGACUGGCUGCAACGAAUGCAACGGCAAGACGGGAGCUUUGGUGAGACUUUGGUCGACGGCACCAUAGAAGGCGGCCGAGAUCCUCGAUACGGGUAUUGUGCCAUGGGUAUUCGCUAUAUUCUUCGAGGUGGAGCUCGUCAGGAUCCCUUACACAUCAACGGUGAAGUCGUCGGAGAUGUCGACGUUGAUGCGUUUGUGCGCUGUAUCAAUGCAGCUGUUGCAUAUGACGGCGGGAUUGCCGAUGAGAAAUUCCAUGAGCCACAUGCUGGGUAUACAUACUGUGCUCUGGGCGCGUUGGACCUUGUAGACCGCUUGCAAAAGGCUGAUUCGAAUGGACUGUCUUCGGAACCUGGACAAGAGAAAAUCAUGCUGGAUCCAACUCGGACUCUCCAUUGGCUUGUCUUUGAACAGACGGACUGGAUUGAUCCUGACGAAGAUGAUCCGAAUGACGUGAUUGCUGUCGACUCUCGAUCUCCCGCUCUGCUUCAAGCUGCAUCAUCGUCGAUGUCACAAAAUCCGGAGCCGCUCCAUCAAUCAGCUGCGACUUCGACAUUCACGCCCGUUCAUUCGUCUUCAAACUCAAUAUCAAUGCCGGUCUGUGCCGCUGGCUUCUGUGGUCGACCGCAUAAGCCUGCUGAUACUUGCUAUGCUUGGUGGGUCUGUGGUUCGCUUCAUAUCCUUCCUGGUGGUGCCGAACUGUACAACCGUCCAGCUCUGAGGCAAUAUCUCCUCGAUAAAACCCAACAUCCCGUACUUGGUGGGUUCAGCAAAUUCCCGGGUGAUCCUCCGGACUUGUACCACUCGUACUUGGGGCUUGCGGCUUUCGCUCUCGAGAGAAACGGCGUUGUGAAGGAGAUUGACGCUGGGAUGUGCAUCAGCGCAGAGGCGAGGGUGAGGGUGGGCGGCUUGUGGCUGUGA